UGGUGAUUUGAUGAUUGCAUUAGAAUUUCCGGAACGCUUGAGCACUACUAAUAAUGCUGGGUACUACUCGACUAGAAGCUUCUGCGUGUGGUAGCUAGCAGCAAGACAACGAUUAGUUCUGAGUUCUGUCUCACGAGUGUUCUUGUAAAGCUAGCCAAGCUCUCUGUGAGCAGAGACAGGUAGAGAUGGAGACGCAGAUGGAGCCGAAGAGAGCCGACGCGGUGGCGCCUCCGCCGGCGGCGAUCGCCGGCGAGCCGGCCGGUGGCGGCGGAGUUGUCGAGAACGCACCCCCACCAGCACUAGAACCAGCACAGGAAGCACUCCCCCCACCAGUAGCACAGGAAGCACCUGCAGCGGGUUCAGCAACUGACAGAGACAAGGUGCUCGCCAAGGUGGAGCUGGACCGGAAGCUGUCGAUGAUCAAGGCGUGGGAGGAGAACGAGAAAAGCAAAGUCGACAACAGAGCUGAGCACAAGAUGUCGUCGAUCCUGUCGCGGGAGAACACCAAGAAGGCGGCCGUCGAAGCCAAGCUCCGAACAUAUGAGGAGAAGCUGGAGAAGAAGAAGGCGGAGUACGCGGAGAAGAUGAGGAACCGGGCGGCGAAGAUCCACAAGGAGGCGGAGGAGCAGAGGGCAUCCGUGGAAGCGAGGCGGCAGGAGGAGAUGAUCAAGUGCCAGGAGACGGCCGCCCAGCACCGGUCCAGAGGGACCACGCCUGCAAAGAAAUUCCUCGGCUGCUUCGGCUGAUGAUCACUGAUCAGGCAACUUAACGAUAGAGCACAUUGAUGCAUACAUACACACGAUUAAAAACCACGGCGAAAUUAAGUAGUUCCACUUGCUUGAAGAUGUGUUGGUUCUUGCUUUGUCUGAACAUCAGAAGCUACGAUCGAAUCAUGGACUUACUGUAUCUAAGGUAAGGGGUUAUAUAUGAUGUUCUUGUCUUGUGUAAUGCGUGUGUGUAAAUUAAUAUGUAAUGCGUGUCGGUCUCGGUGCCCGGGUUGUAAUUUAAGUGUGUAUAAUAAGUGUGUUUGUAUUUGGAUUUGAGAA